UGCUGCUGCGGGAAAUCUAGCUCUCCAGAAAUACCGAAAGGCGGCUAAGUUUAGUUCAGGAUGCGUCCGUAGACCCAGCGACUGUCUCCAAAGAGGUGAAAUCACACCUUCUGAUAUAAGCUUCGCUAUUUUUCUAUUCCUGGAGAGCUUUAAAUGCGCCUCGGGUUCCAAACAUGAUCGGGAGAGGACUGUUCGUUCUGACAAUACUGUCCAGCUGCGUUCUGUCAUUGCCAGUGACUCCAAGUCAGCUGGAGAAUGAGGACGUAAAGGUGAUGAAAUGCAUUGUGGAGGCGUUGGCGGAUGUGCUUUCCAGGCCCCGCCCCACGCCUGUCAGUCAGGAGUGUUUGGUCACACUGAGGACAGAUGACAGGCUUGUUUCUAUCCUUCGCCAUCAAAACUUUCUGAAGGAGCUGCAGGAGAUCGCUGUGCAAGGUGGUCAGGAGAGAGCUCAGCUGCAGAGGGAUGCUGGAACACCUGAGGCCGCCAAACAAACCGCUCAGACUGCAGACGAUGCUGCAGAUCAAUCCAUGUUGGAGGCUUUAGGAGGCCCAGGUGAACGAUCCAUCCUGUCUCAGAAGAGGAGGACAGGGAAUGGAGACGGAGAGGAAGAAAAGGGUGACGUCCCGGGAGAUGGAGAGUCACAGGAGGUGAAAGAGAAGAGGGAACGUGAGGAAAACCCGGGAAGCCACGUCUCUGAGUCUGAGGAUGACAAGAGGGAGGAGGAAGACGAAGAAUACGAAGAGAAGAGAGCUAAUUCAGAGGAGAAACACAUGAUCAAGGAUAAGAAAGGUGCAGGGAGAGCAGCACCCAGACUCAAAUCUAAGGACAAGAAGUUUGUUAAAGAAGACGAAGGGGAAAAAGACAAGAGAUCUCCAUUUUUCUCGCAUCAGCCGUCACAAGUGGAGGAGCAAGAGGAGCAAGAGGAGGAAGAGGAGGAUGAAGGGGAGAUGAAGAGAGAGAGCAGGGAGAGCCUGAAGAGAUGGAGCAAGAGGGGGAAGGCUAUGCAGAUGAAGAAGAAGGCAGUCGGGAAGGAGGAGCAGCAUGAAGUGCCACAUCACUCGAAAGAGGACACAGAGGAAGAGGAGGAGGAGGAGGAGAAGAAGAAAAGAAACACGCAGAAGAGUCCAGAGGAGAAGGAGCUGCAGAUGAUCGCGAGGAGGGGGCCGGAGGAGAGGAGGGGGCUGGAGGAGGAGGGGAGCACCAGCCAGAAGACAGAGGAGCCAGAGAUUGAAAGCCUGGCAGCCAUCGAGUCUGAGCUCGAAAACGUUGCCCAGAAGCUCCAUGAGAUGCGGCGAGGCUGAGAGAGAGAUUGGUAAAAAAAAAAAGAAAAAAAGAAGAAGUUGACACUGCAACCUUCUCUGCCUCCUCGUCCUCCUCCGCUUUACCAGCUGCCUGGUUUCCACAGAUAGAGCGUUUGAAUGUGUGACAAGAUUUUUGCUAUUUUCCUGGAGGAUGCCCACUUGCGCCACACUGCUGCAGCCUCCCUUGUGACAUCCUGUCCCUCACAUAGAUUAGCAGCCAGUAGAUGCAUAUUGCAGCUAGACAUGCAUACUAAAAACAUUCAAACAUGCAUAUAAUAUUCAGAACACACAGCGAAGCGUGCAAGGAAAAAUCUUUCAGUCAGUGAAGGUCGGCAGCUUCAUUUUUUCCUGACAAUCAUCUUUUUCUGCAAAUGUAUCUCGCCUGCUUUUCAACAUGAUUUUAACACUACACUAUGAUUUACAUGAACAGUUGGAGCAGAUGCAGGUGAGGAUGUAUAGUAACGGCAUGUAUACAUGUACAAAGCUCUUUCUGGGACGCUUAAUUACUGAAGAAGAAGACGUAGAUGCUUAGUUGUUAUAGAUUCAGUUGACUCUAAUCAAGCCAAGGCAAUAAGUGAACAUUUUUAGCAGAUUAAUGAACUGUAAUUAAUUUAUGUAAGAAAACCAAUAAAUUGAAUAGUUUAACUGGAAA